CAGCGGCAGCACGUGAAUCUCGCCAGCUCUCGCUCAGUCACACUGCAGCGGUUCAGGGCAGCGGUUCGCGCUCUCGUCUCUGGUUCAGUUUUAAAUCUCGUCUGACUCAAAAACAAACAAAAAAACCUUCCCGACGCAAACUCUGACAGAAACUACUGCCGGAUUUUGAACCAUGCGGAGGUUUUCGGUUUGGCCUCUUUUGGCCCUUUUUUCCCUGUUAGCACUGCGAGGUCUGGCACAGGAGUUCAGCUUGGAGGACGCUUUAGAUGAAAAUGAUGAUCCACUGCCUACUACUCCUAAGCCCAAGGCAAACGAAAAGCCUGGAGGAGCAGGUACAGGUGGAGGAUUCGAUCUUGUGGAUUUUUUUGGCCCGACUGAAGCGCCUCCAGUUAAACCCAAAGACCCUGUCAAGCCCAAAGACCCUGUCAAGCCCAAAGACCCUGCUAAGCCCAAAGAUCCUGUCAAGCCCAAAGACCCUGUCAAGCCUAAAGAUCCUGCUAAGCCCACAUCCAAACCCAAAGAGGAGACCCACGCUGAUUACUCUGGGCCAACCUUGCGGCCUUCUCUGUUGCCCCUCGCAACGUCCAGCCCCCUCCAACCCUCAGCCCCGACUUUUAUGGCUGGUGCAGAUGAUCUUGACCUUGCUGAUGCUUUGAAGCCUGAAUAUGACAAAAAAAAUCAAGACGAUAAAGGCUUUGGAGGAGGUGACAGCAGGCCUGGUACUAGAGGUGGAGAAGGUGGCAGGCUAACAGAUCAAGACCUAAUAGAUAUAAGUGAAGAUGCAGGCUAUCACCCAGACGAAGAGAAAGGAGGUAAAAAAGGUUCAGGUGGUGUUGUGGACCCUGCUGAUGAUGGUGAAUAUGACACCAUGGCAGAGACUGGCACCAUCGCUGGUAUCGUAAGUGCUGUUGCCAUGGCGCUGGUUGGAGCAGUCAGCAGCUAUAUCUCCUACCAGAAGAAAAAGUUCUGCUUCAGCAUACAGCAGUCUCUGAAUGCAGAUAUGGUUAAAGCCGAGAAUCCCGAAGCCGUCGUGGCUCAGGAGCCUCAAGUUCAACAAACUCUCCUUCAGCCCCCGAACGCUGAGCCGCCCACAGAGGACAACGUGGUGUAACCUGUGAAGGCGUCUCCCAGCCUGAAGAGGGAGCAGUGCUCAGUGUAUACUGGCUCACAGUGGUGGGGGUGGGGGUGGGGAGGGUCUUACUUAACUCGUUCAAGAAGUCAAACUUUUUGUGAAUAUUUAGUUUACUGUUUGCCUUCAUUCUCACUAAUACGACUGUUUACAAUUUUAUUCCAAUGAAGAUGGAAAUUGUGCAGAAGUGUCAUGCGUUGCGUUGCUAAUCGAAAGUACAAAUUCCGAGACGUUAGUGCUGCUCCUGCUCGUUGUUUCCGUCACACUUUUUUCGUGACGGCAUCACUGUGUAAUUAGUGUGCAUCAUUAUUCCACAAUCUGUAAUUGAAAUUUUUCCAUAAUGUUAAAAGAAGUAGUUCUAUAGGAGAAGCUUUAGAGCGGGAGAGCCUGCCUGUGGUCGUGUUACAGGCCAGAGUGUUGAGUGAAAUCAUCACACUGUAGAAAUGCAUGACUACAGGAAUUCAGGACCAGAGCCAGACUCCCCUGCAUUGAUGCUUAAUGAAGGUGACUUUAAAGUUAUUUCCAGUUACUAAAGACUUAGUAACUAAGCACCCAUUUCACUUUAAAAAAAAAAAAAAAGAAAAGAAAAAAAGUUAUUUGUACAUUUGUGCCCUGCUUUUUUCGGAGCCAUGUCAAUUAUUUGUUGUAUAUAGACGGUUUUUGUGCUCUGGAAUUGAACAGGACCUUUGAGAAGCUUAAAAAAACUUAACUAUGUAGCUGCUCACGGUUAUGAUUUGAAUUUAAAACACGAUUGAUAACUGGAAGUGAGCUUGUGUGUAUCGAAAGAUGAUUGUGUUGAAGAAACCUUGUUGCUCAACCUUUGGUAAUUUGCUGUUUUGCGUGUGUGUGUGUGCGUGUGUGUUUACUGAUACAACAGUAGUGGUAGAUUUUCACAGAGGUGAGUUUACUGUAAUGAAGUAUACAUGACUGAAAUAUUUAGACAGAAGUCUUACAUGUUAGCACAAACGUUGUUUUUUUCCUUAUUAGGGAAUUUGCUGUUUUUGAACAUUUUUAAAGAUGUUCCUUGCGUGUUAUUCAUAUUUGUACUCAACUGGUCGUAUCAGUGUAUCUUUAUCUACACUUGUAGCAGUGUAGCUACGGUACGUACAAUAGAUUUUGUUAGCAGUCAGAUUAAGUGUUUGGUGUCUUUCUGAUCCACUUACACUCUAUUUACAGUUUUGCUGUGCUGGCUGUGUUCCAAUUGCUCUGUGUUUGGUGACUUCCUCCUUUCACGUAAUCAUUGUGUUUGAGAAAGGAUUCUUAGUUGUGUUGUGUGAACGAUUAUUUUCCUCAGAGUCAGAUCUGGCUGUAGAGCCUGAUGGUUUUCGGAUUUAAAAAAAAAAAGAGAAAAAAAGUAGGCAAUAAAAGAUUGGGACGCAGCCCCGUUUUCCUUUCCUGAACUUCCCCAGCGUUUUCCGUCACCUGUCAGCUCCUUGCUGAGCUCGGUUCUGCCGCACCUUCUCUGUUUUUAGCCACAAGCUUCUGGUGCUUCACUCCUUAGGCCUUAUCCUGUAAAGCGGCCGCAUUAUUGCAGAAGGAGAGUUACUAUGCUGAGCGCAUCAGCUUCAGUUGAAUGUUUAUGUGGUCGAACUCUUGGUAGGACAAUCCAGUGUAUUACAGAAGAACACAAACAGAACAUCCACAACGCUUCUACUAAAUAUGGUCGAAUGUCCGCUUGUACACAACAAUUCAACAAUGUCACGUCCUAUCGAGAGUUCCAGUCAAUGUUUAUAAUAUAACCGAAUGUAAAUUUUUUUACUCUGCCGCAGUGUUCUUGAACACUUCAAUGUAGCAUCUCUGGUGUUACUUUUGGUUUAAAAAUAUAUAUAUAUGUACAGCACCAAAGACCAGGCAGUGAUGGCGGAAUCUUGUUCCUUUGUGUGUGCCUCAGAUUCUGGCGACUGUUUAGACUUAGUUUGUAGCAAAAUUUUAAAUUUACAAAUGCCUUGAAAAAUUGUACCGAUUGUUUUGACAAAUUGCCUAAAAGCAGUGCUUUAUUUGUAAUUGACUGUUGAAUUCCCCUGUGUGGUGGGGUUUAAUGAUGCACUGUGAUCAACGUAGCUACGUCUUUCAAUCAAUUUGUUUAAAAGGCCAUGAGUUGGAGGUUGCAUUUGGUUAUUCUGGGCUCUUGGUGUCUUUGGAUAAUUUUUCUAUAAGGGUGAAAACAGAUGCAUGCUUAGAUUCUUUAGCUGUAGACAGUUUUUCUUGCUUACUUACUGUGUCGACAUGAUGUUUGGAUGGGUUCCGUAGGAAGAGAAUUUUCGGAAGUGGUUUGGAUUUGCACUGCCGGUGAAAUGACGCGUUUACCACCACCACCACUACAGAUCAAAUAAAAACGUUACACUGUAAGACUUUGUGCCUGUUCAGUCCAGACUCGUUGCUGAGACACAGAUUCCCCAUCGUGUGAAAGCAAGAGGUUAUUUAAGAUCUACUGACAAUCUUCACUGCUUGAACAGACAAUUUUGUACUUGCAUUUGGCACUAAAGAUCUGUUUUAUGUCUCAAUUCUCACUGGCAAUACCUGACAGAAAGAGAUUAACAUGAAGAUAAUAAAAAAGACUGAAAACUAA